CAAGGCCAAGUAGACCCUGAAGCCACACUUACGGGCGUAGAGUGUUUAUUUACAGGCAUUCCACCUCCGCAUUUCCAGGCUCCGGCUCUCGCAACUUCAAUCCCAAAUCGGGAAUAGGCCUUAAUCGCCGAGCCUCGAGCAAACAACCUCUGUGGCGUCGAUUUCGGACCAAGCAUGUCACUGGGAAGGGAAGUCUUGACGUACACGAAGCAGGCUGUGGAAAGGAAUUGCUUCUAUCAUACUAUGAGUGAACGGCGGGAGCAAUGCUCUGAAGCUAUUCAAGGGCGGCCUUUGCGCCUUUUGGCGACAACAAGGUCUCCCUCAAUUCUUCCAUCUGCAACGAACUAUGGUCGGCAUACCAGGAAGAUCGGAAGGCUGCACUACAUGCAGGCGAAGGAAAGUGCGGUGUGAUCUUGCGAAACCCUCAUGUCAAAGAUGCACCUCUUCACAGAGACAGUGCGAAGGUUACGAGAAGUACCCAGUCUUUAUCAACCGCGGCCAACAAGGGCUGCAGAAGCGUAAGCGCCUCGAGGAAGCAAGGCCAGCACAAUCCAGGCACACCGAAAUGAUAGCGCCCGCUGUAACAUCUCCCCACAAGCAACCUUCAAUGGCGUCUUCGCCUCCAUGCAGGUACCUCCUUGAAGAUCAGUGUAUCUCAGUCUUCUGGGAUGGCUUCUCAGCCAGAUCAGUCACAGAUUCGAGACCGGCAUCAGAUCCAGCCUGGUUGCACCAUAUCCUUAACAUUUCAUCUCCAGUGGACACCUUACGACAGACACUGCUAUCCUUGGCGUACACUCGCCUUGGUAGGUUGAACGAUGACCCAGCAGCCGUCCUUCGAGGCCAACAAGUGUAUGGCCAAGCCCUGAAAACAAUGCAGCAGGCUCUUUACGAUCCGCAUUGGUCGCGACACGACGAGACUCUAGCCGCCGCACGAUGCAUGGUCUUAUAUGAAUCUUUCGAGUCGACCUCGGAGAGCAUGACCUCUUGGUUCAACCAAAUCGGCGGAGUGGCGCAGAUCAUCGAGCUCCGCGGCCCUCAGAAUCAUCGCAGACCACUUCAGCGGACCAUUCUCGAAUCGAUGAGGUACAAUGUCAUGAUUGCCUGCACGAUGCGUAGAAAAGACUCCUUCUUCGCCCAGCAUCAGUGGCUGACCGAGCCCUGGAGAGACGACAUCAAGAACCUCGAACAAAGAUACAUUGAUCAGGGGUUCGUGCUGGCAAGCAUGCUGGAGAGAUCAGACGCCCUGUCGCAACGGAAUUCUUGUGAUGAGUUUUCAACACGACGAGCCGUCGUCGACAUAUUGCGCCGACUCUUGGACGGUCUCUCAAACUUACAAGCUCUGAGUCAAGAACUUGCAGAAGUCGAAGCUCAAUAUGCACGCUCAAAACCAGCAGGGUACAAUGUGAAGGAAUUGUGCACUCCUCAGACCGGAGAGGUUACAAUUGCCGUAGCAUCAGCCACAAUCAUGGCGCUCGAGUUGUCCUACGCUACGCUUGCAGCAGCUUUGGUCAGCCGCUACACUAGCAAGCUACAGCUCGACCACGACGACAGCAGCAUCUUGGCUGGCAUUAGGCCAUAUCUGGACCAGAGCCGCAGAUUGACUCUGUCGAGGCAACUUCUCCAAGAUCUGGAGACCUGCCUAGAAGGAAGGAAUCUUGACUUCACAAGAGGCAGAUUGAUACUCCCGUUGAAUGUUGUCCGGUGGGAGCUCAGAGAGUAUCCGGAGGAUAGUGCUAAAAUCGGGGAGCUUUUCGACUUUGCAACAGCCAAGGGCAAGUAUCGUAUUGCUCGGAGCGUUCUGAAAGCGGGUACAUCACCACUGCCGGACAUUGUGCUCAAUGCAAAGAAGUAGUUGUGAGAAGGAUGUAGAUAGAAAAGAUUCGUGCCACAAAUAUGUGGCUCCAUUGUAUUACUUGGCCGUGUCUGUGGUUCCUCGUAUCAUGAGUAACUGAUAGAGAAGGUUCGGCCUUGCGCCCUUAUGCUCGACAUGUUCGUCCAUGAACAACACCAAGAAAACAAGAUCAAUAGAGAAACAGUAGAGAUCAGUAGGGACUUAGUAACACUAGUAGAUUCGUAAGGACUCAGCGAAGGAUCACUAAUGGUUGCUAAGGGGUCGAUAAGGGAUUAUUGAAGACUUAGUAGAGUAGAAUUAGGGCUUCAAAUACAGUGCUCUUGGUGACGACC